UAUUGAAUUACAUAUUACAGGGAACCCACAUUAUUAUUUCCACAACUGGAAUGCUCUAUCAUUCUUAAUAUCUCACACUACGGACCAUGUUCUCUUCCUCAAGCUCCUUCUUUCUCUGCCUUCUCAUCUUCUCUGUAACCUUUUCUCACGUUUUGGGGGAUAAAAUAUUUACAGGAACAUAUGGAGUAAACUAUGGUAGGAUAGCAGACAAUCUACCUUCUCCUCAGAGUGUAGUUACCCUUUUGAAAGCUGCGAAGAUUAGGAACAUAAGAAUAUAUGAUGCUGAUCACCAAGUCCUGAGUGCCUUCAAAGGUUCAGGAAUUGCAAUCAUUAUUGGGCUACCAAAUGAGUUUCUGAAAGACAUAAGUGUAGGGGAAGAUCGUGCCAUGAAUUGGAUCAAAGAAAAUGUUCAGCCAUUUCUUCCAGGAACCAAAAUCCGUGGCAUUGCUGUGGGGAAUGAAAUAUUGGGAGGCACAGAUAUGGAGCUUUGGGAAGCUUUGGUUCCUGCUGCUAAAAACGUGUACACAGCCCUUGAAAGGCUUGGUUUGGCACACACCAUUCAAGUCUCAAGUCCACAUUCUGAAGCCGUGUUUGCAAAUUCAUACCCUCCAUCUGCAUGCACUUUUAGGGAAGAUGUGUUACCUUUCAUGAAGCCUCUCUUGCAAUUCUUCUCACAAAUUGGCACUCCUUUCUACAUAAAUGCAUACCCCUUUUUGGCCUAUAAAAAUGACCCUCAACACAUUGACAUCAACUAUGCCCUCUUUAAGAAAAAUCCUGGGAUCUAUGAUGCCAAGACUAAGCUACACUAUGACAAUAUGUUUAUGGCCCAAAUUGAUGCUGCUUAUGCAGCCUUGGAGAAGGUUGGAUUUGACAAGAUGGAAGUCAUUGUUUCUGAGACAGGUUGGGCCUCUCAUGGAGAUGAAAAUGAAGCUGGUGCAACAGUGAAAAAUGCAAAGACUUAUAAUAAAAACCUGCGGAAGCUACUACUGAAGAAAAAGGGUACCCCUUAUAGGCCUAAGAUGGUUGUGAGGGCUUACAUCUUUGCUUUGUUCAAUGAGAAUUUGAAGCCUGGCCCUACUUCUGAGAGAAACUUUGGAUUGUUCAAACCAGAUGGUAGCAUUGCAUAUGAUAUAGGCUUUACUGGGCUUGUAUCUUCCGCACCAACCUCUUCUUUUCUUUCAUUCAAGGGUAUUGGAUCUUUAUAUGUGAUGGUUUCUACAAGUUGUGCGGCUUUUCUUCUUCUUGUAGCAUUAUAAGCGGUCAUGAGAUUGAAUGUACAAGUGAAACAAUGAUUCUUUGGACCAUGUAACAAUUUUCAGAACUCACAAAGCAUUAUUCAAAUUGUGGAAA